AUGUGGUCAGUCUUGCCAAGGAAGAAGUCAGCAACUUCGCCCCGCCUCCACCAAACAAGGCCCCUCACACCUCCACAAGAGGAGCCUAAGAAAUCAACACAACAAGCCGUCGUGAUAGACGCGAAUCACACAUCUCAAACCGCACCUGAGAGCUUCUCGGAUAAUUCUCGCGGCGAAUGUACAUGGCAUACUCUUCUCUCUGCUCCUCAAACCGCCUCUCAAGACAUGUCCGCCGGCGUCGCAGUAUGUCCUGCAAACACAGGCUACCUUGCGCAUCAUCGCCACACUCAAUCAGAAAUCUACUAUAUCAUUUCUGGCAAGGGUGAAGUCACUGUUGAGGGCACCGUGCAUGCAGUGACUGGAGGCAGCACAGUAUUUAUCCCUGGAGAUGCUGAACAUGGUAUCAAAAACACUGGAGAGCAGGAGUUGAAGUGGUUCUAUGUGUUCCCCACUGCCAGUUUUGGCGACAUCGAGUACAAAUUCUCGGAAGUGGAGAAGGUGGAUGAGCGGGUUGAUGAAUUUGUACCUCGCAAGGAGCCUCCGGUUCUGAAGAUUUAUGGCUGGGACGCGUGA